GGUAAAAACUGUCUUAAAUAAAAAUGGCGUCUGUCUUGGAGAACCUAGAAGCUCAAUUGGAACUUUUUAUCGAAAAUGUACGGCAAAUACGUAUUAUAGUCAGUGAUUUUCAGCCGCAAGGGCAAAACGUAUUGAACCAGAAGAUUCAAGGCUUAGUCAAUGGUUUACAGGAGAUUGAGAAACUAAAGACUCAGGUGCAAGAUGUUCAUGUUCCAUUGGAAGUAUUUGAUUAUAUUGAUCAAGGAAGAAAUCCCCAAUUAUAUACCAAAGACUGUAUUGAGAAAGCGCUGACAAAGAAUGAACAAGUGAAAGGAAAGAUUGAUGCCUAUAGAAAAUUCAAGGCAAACAUGCUGGUGGAGUUGAAUCGAGUUUUUCCAAAUGAAUUAGCCAAGUACAGAGCGAUUCGCGGAGAUGAAUAAGACAAUUUAAUUUUAAAACUAGAUUUUAAUGGGCAAAUAUUUCUUUACACACUACAAUUUGUAAUUUAUGUUCUUG